AUCUAUCAUCUUCUUCGAUAAAACCCACUUAGCAGCACUUCGAUACAAUCCUAGGGUUUUAUCUUCAUUUCUGAGCCUAGUUAGAAAAUUUCAUCUCUAAUUUCGAUUCAGGAAUCCAUCCAUGGCUUCGCUUCAGUUGACUUGCUCUUCUAUUUCAACUAAAGGGUUGCCAUCGUUUCAAGGGCUUCGUCAAUCAAGUGUUUCUCUUUCUGUAGUCGCCCCAUCCCGCGUAGGUUUUGACCAAAGGACAUUACGAAGAGGGCUCGUUGUGAGAGCAGCAACUGUCGUUGCACCGAAGUACACUUCCAUCAAACCAUUGGGUGAUAGAGUGCUAGUGAAGAUCAAGACAGUAGAGGAGAAGACAGUUGGUGGUAUACUGCUUCCUUCAACAGCUCAGACAAAACCUCAAGGAGGUGAAGUUGUAGCUAUUGGAGAGGGUAAGACGAUUGGCAAGACCAAGGUGGACAUCAGUGUGAAGACUGGUGCCCAGAUAGUGUACUCGAAGUACGCAGGGACAGAAUUGGAAUUCAAUGGAUCAAACCAUAUGCUUUUGAAGGAGGAUGACAUUGUUGGUAUCCUUGAGACAGAAGACAUCAAAGAUAUGAAGCCUCUGAAUGACCGUGUUCUAAUUAAGGUUGCUGAAGCCGAGGAGAAGACUGCUGGAGGAUUGUUGCUGACAGAGGCUGCCAAGGAGAAACCUUCCAUUGGCAAGGUGGUUGCAGUGGGACCUGGUCCCCUGGAUGAGGAAGGCAAUCCAAAGCCAUUAACGGUGUCAUCUGGAAACACGGUGUUGUACUCUAAAUAUGCAGGGAAUGACUUCAAGAGCGCAGAUGGUUGUGACUACAUUGCUCUGAGGGCAACUGAUGUGAUGGCUGUGCUCUCCUCAUAGAAGACUUUUAAUUAUAAUUCUAAUGUGGGCAGUCAUUAUUUGCAUGGAUUUUGUGGCAAGAGUUCUUAGGAGAGGCAGGCG